AUGAGGAGACAAUAUGCUUCGUCUGUUUAUAGUCAAAAGAGCACAACCAGUGCCAAAAGUAGCAGAUCCUUCCUCUCACUCACAACUCCGAUUUGGCCCCACAGCAACAACAAUGCUUCCAAAACCACAUUCAUCUCUACAAAAAACGACAUUACACUCAAUGAAGCCAAGCAAGGUGUAUGGCAAAAUCUGAAAAGCUGGAUGCCGGCAAACCCCAUUCCAUCGAGAAAGAAGAAGAAUGAUUCUGAUUCAAUCGCAACACGUUCCUCAGCCUCAUCUUCUGUGAGUCGUUUGAAACAAUUCUUCAAUGGCAAGAAAAAAUCCUCGCCAUCCAGAGACAUAGAGGACUCAUCUCCAAGGCCUAGUAUCGAUACACUGGAUCUCAGCAAUGAGGUCGACGAAGAGUCCUCAUCGUCAGAGAAGCCAAGUCCAUUAUCAGCAACAAAACCCAUUGGUAUUUUGAUCAAUCGAGGAGAAGAUUCAGCAGAAGCAAUAGCAGAGCGUAAAAAGAGAAGGCAACAGCGCAGAGAAGAGAUUCGAAAAUUGCAAAAGCACAACCGCUCUUUACAUCACCAUCCCUGCUUCCAGGAAGCAAACAACCACCAACCAAUUGAAUCCUCAUCUUCGGAUACGCUGUUGACAGAUGAUAACACCACUUACAGUAAACCAAGCAGUAGAAAGAUGGUCGCAUUUCAAAAUACACACGACGCUGAUGAUGAUGAGAAUGGUGGCACUGUUGAUGAUGACUGUUGGGGCUACAACCCACGAAUUAUGUUUGUGGAACCGAGUCCAGUUCCACGAUUCCGUAACGUGGCACCUGCUCCUCCGCCAUCUCCUCCUUUGAUGAGCAUUAUCGUACAUAGCCAAGCAAUGAUGGACAAUGCUGCCAACACAAUGCAUAGUAUCAUCAAGAGUCCUGCAUCAGAUGAAGAUAAGCCUACCGUAUUCGCAUCCAAAGAUAGCGUGCUCUCAUUCCAAAACAACUACAAUGACUCACAACAACAAGAGCAAGAUCAGCAGCAAGAUGCAUUCAUGACGGAUCAUGAAAGACAAAUGUCACUUUUAAUCGAAACACUUAAAAGCCCACCUCAAAAGCCUCGUCUCUACUUUAAUCCACCGUUUCGUCGAGGCCAAACACUGACCUUCUCGCUCAAAAACAUGAUUCCCGAUGAUCACAUCAUAUUGUUCAAGUUCUUGACCAGCAAUGCCAGCCCCAAUGUGAAAGGACAACCAGAGCGCUACUUUGUACGACCCAGCGCAGGAAAAAUGGUUUCAACAAAUCAAACAGAAAUUAUGCUUUUUCUGAAUCAAGUUCCCUUCCUGAGUGCCGAUGGUAGUAAUAGAGUCAAGGACAAGAUCAUGGUGAGAUGGGCUGCUAUUCAGCGAAAUACCAAUAUUGAAACUUGGGUCAAUUCUCUGCACGAGUCUACCAGAAGAAAGUGGAUAGAUAUGUUGGAUGAAGAGUGGCCAGAUCAAGUGACAAUACGAAUGACCAGGAUCAAAAUUCGUUUUAACGUCUAA